UGCAAAGCAUGAGCAAAGUUCAGAGAUUCGGAUGAUAUAAAAGCGAAUCGUUCGAUGAAUCAAACCAACAGUGUAAAAAAGCAAACUCAACUACCAACAACACCAUGAAAUUCCUAAUUGUUCUGGUUGCCUGCGUGGCUCUUGUCGCCGCCGAUGAAAUCAAGUUGACCGACGAGCAAAAGGCCAAGGCCAAGGAGCAUGGUGCUGCUUGCAUCGCUCAGGAGGGCAUCACCAAGGAGCAGGCUCAUUCUCUGCGCGAUGGAACCUUCGAUGGUGCUGACAACAAGGUCAAGUGCUUCGCCAACUGCUUCCUGGAGAAGACUGGCUUCCUGGUCGAUGGCCAGAUCCAGCCCAAUGUUGUCCUCGAGAAAUUGGGCCCCAUUGCCGGCGAUGAUAAGAUCAAGGCCAUUCAGGCCAACUGCGACUCUCUGAAGGGUGCCGAUAAGUGCGACACCGCCUUCCAGUUGUACCAGUGCUACCACAAAAACCAUGCCCAGAUCUAAGUCAACUGAGCACACAACAAAAGGUAUUAGCAUACACGCACAUUUUAAGAAGCAUCUGUGAAUUGUUAACUAUUUGAGAGAUAAAUAAAAACAUGUAGAUUGUUGUUAAAGAUAGAAA